UUUAAAUUAAACCAAUACGUAACUGCAUAGUUAAUGUCUAUAAACAAUAAAUAAACAGAUUUAUCGGGUUGAAUCGAUAUAAACAUCGGGAGUGAAAUCGAUAUAUCGAUGUAUAACGAAUGUCCUUGAAGUCUCAAGAAAUAAUUUACAUAAAUGUGAGGUUAAAAACUUUGAUCAAUUAUUUUGAACGAAUAAAACUUCAAAUUUAGUGUUUUUAACGCAAAUUUAAGAAAAAACUGUUGUUGGUAAUUACGUCGAUAUGUAUUCUUCAGUGUUUUAUAACUAUAUAAGUUUGAAAAGGUGUUUUAUUAUAAUAAUGAGAAGUUUUAAAAUGGAUUUCCGCAAGAAGUACGGGAUUUAUGACAAAUGGCUGGCUAGUUGAUUGGAAUUUGAUAAAAUUAAUUCGUUUUUUGUGUUUAAGAGACCCAACCUAACCUGUAAAUUAUUUUCAAAAGACUUUUGUAUUUCUUCUCACUAUUUAUCAAGUUGAAAAAAAUGUGUUUAAAAUCUAUUAUUCUUUCAAAAUGUUUGAUGAAAAAUUAUUUACAAUUUAUAAUAAGCAAUGUUAAUAUCACCCAACAAAAAUUCGAUAAACUUCUUUUCGUUACGUCUGAAUCCAAAUUAGGAGUUAUUUUGGACACUGAUUGUGAAAAUUGGAAUAUAAUUAUAAAUAAGAAUGUCGAUAAAAAAUAUUUUUACGAAACUUAUCACUGGCUAAUAACCGCCAGAUUCAAAAAUAUAACAGAUCAAUUGAUUCAACUAAAAUUAAAUAUUAAUUCCGAUAUGCAAAUGGUGUCGUUAGAUUCGUAUAACGAAAAAAAUGAAUCGUUUACCGUAUUUGACAUUUACAAUCCCGCUUCCGAACAUGGGGGCGAAAUAAAAGUGGAAGAAAUCGGUGUUUAUAAAAAAGAAGAAGAAAUGCCGUAUAAUAUAACAGGUUUGCAAAAUAAAUAUUGGAGAAGAAGGAAUAUGACAGGUGUUAGAUUUAAAUCGGCCAUUGUGAUACCACAACUGACUACUUCGUUAGAUAAUUAUCUUGCAAGUGAUGAAGAUAGGAAAGUGGAUUCCAUGCACCGAUUCCAAGCCGUCACCGUUCAACAGUGUCGACAAUUUUUUAAUUUCAGUUUAUCAAUUGAAAGAACAAAUUCUUGGGGAUACAUUCAAGCUGACGGUAAAUUCGAUGGGCUGGUUAGUCUAUUAGAAAAAAGGCUGAUCGAUUUUGGUAGUUCUCCGUUGUUAUUUAAAUUAGAUAGGAUGCCGUACGUAGAUUACGGAUACGGAAAUUGGAUAUUAAGAUCUUGUUUUAUCUAUCAAAAACCAAAAGUGACUGCAACGUCUUACGAAAUAUUUUUGAGACCGUUAGAGACGAAUGUAUGGAUAUUUAUUUUCAUAAUUUUAUGCGUAGUCUUAUUUUUAAUGAAAAUCGUUUUUUCGAGUGAAGUUUUAUUAUUACAUAACAAACGUCAAGGUUUAACAGACAAUUCUUGGAGUUUUCUCGUCCUUUUCGCCAUGGGAGCAUUUUGCAUGCAAGGUGCUACAUGCAAUCCAUAUUUAAUCAGCAGUCGUAUACUUUCAAUUUUCUUAUUCAUGUUUUGCAUCUUGAUUUAUCAAUUUUACUCGGCUAGUAUCGUUUCGUAUUUGUUAUUGGACCCUCCAAGAACAAUAUUCAACCUAAAAGAUUUAUCAGAUAGUUCGCUGAACGUGGGCGUCGAAGACAUACUCAUCGAUAGGAAUUAUUUCAUACAAACAACAGAUCCGGACGCCAUCGAAUUGUUCGAUUCGAAAAUAAAAUAUAGCAACAAUAAUUCGGGAUUUUAUUCCCCUAUGGAGGGUUUGAGAUUGGUUAGGGAAGGAGGUUUUGCUUUUCACGUAGAAACCAGCACGGCGUAUCCGAUAAUUGAAGAAACGUUUUCGAAUCAGGAAAUAUGCGAGCUGGAGGAAGUGCAGAUGUACCGAACUCAGCCGAUGCAUACGAAUUUACAGAAAAAUUCACCUUUCCGGGAAAUGAUGAAUUACUGCAUGUUCAAACAAGCAGAAAACGGUAAUAUGGACCGAUUGAGAAAACAUUGGGAUGCGCGACGGCCAAUGUGCAUCGAGGGUGCCAGAAAAAAAGUAUUAAACGUCAGUUUUAAGGAAUUUUCUUGCGGCCCCCUCGCGGUAGCUUGCGGUAUUUCAAUCGGAACGAUUUUCUUAAUUUACGAAUAUCUUUUGUAUAACAAACAGCAAAUUAUGAUAAAUCUCAAAUCGAUGUUGAAUUUAACACGUAAAAUCAUAAUGUACCCGUUCGUUCAUUGAUUUUGAGGCAUUUAGUGUCAUUUUUGACUUCUAAUUAGUACAAUUCUAAUAGUUGAUGUAAUAAACGUAAAUAAACUAAUAGCAACUA